AGACCUGCCUCAACGGGGGGACAUGGAACGGAAAGACCUGUGAAUGCCGCACCGGCUUUGGAGGAGAUCAGUGCCAGAACGAGGUCCCGAUCUGCCAUAACAAUGGCUCCUGGGAUGGGAUCAAGUGUGUGUGCACCAGCCUGUACAGCGGGCCAAAGUGUGAGGAGGUGGUCUCAAAUCUUGAGAUAAAUCCUCCACCGGAGACCGUCUCUGCCCAGGUAGAACUGACCGUGACAGUGACCAAUAAGGAGUUCUCCAAAGAGCUAGAAGACCGGUCUUCUCAGGAGUUCCGGGAGUUCAGUGAGACAUUCACAAAACAGAUGGAAAUUGUUUAUUCUGGAAUCCCUCAGUAUGAAGGGGUCAACAUCACAAGGCUGAGUGCUGGCAGUGUGAAGGUGGAGCAUGACGUCAUCCUGAAGGCCAACUUCACCCCAGAUUACAAAGAAGUUUUGGAGAAGGCCACCCAGGAGGUGGAGUCAAAAAUCAAGAAUACAACCCAAGAACACAUCUUAAGAAAUAACACCUGCGGAGUGGUACUGUGUUUCAACUCAACUGCAACCAAAGUGCAAAACAUUUCAUUUACCCAAUACGACCCUGAAGCGGAAUGCCGGGAGAAGGCUGGGGAAGCAUUUGCUGACUACUUCUUCGUGGAGUACACGGACCAGCAACCAAACUGCAUCACGCGUUGCGAGCCCGGCUACAACACGUCCUUAAACUGCAUCUUCGGGAAGUGCCAGCUGUGGGGCAGUGGCCCUCGGUGCUACUGCCUGAUCACAGAGACUGAAUGGUACAGUGGGGAGACCUGUGAGUUCAGCACCAAGAAAAGCCUGGUGUACGGGCUCCUGGGGGCAGCAGGUGCAGUGGUGCUGGUCAUCCUCGGCAUCCUCCUGAUGUUCAUAUUCCGCUCCAAGAGACAGGUGAAAAGGCAAAAGUCCAAAGUGACUCAGUUGUACAAGUGGCAUGAAGAGGAUGGUGGACCAGCCCCUGGGACCUUCCAAAACAUUGGCUUUGACAUCUGUGAAGAACAAGAGAACUAUGUCCACCUGGACUCCGUCUAUAGUAACUUCCAGCCCUCCCUGGGCCACAUAGACUCUGAAACCAAGAUCAGAAUUAAGAGGCCUCAGGUGAUCAUGACAUCGAUUUAA